CCCCGCGCCUCUCUCUUUUGCCACCAUGGCGGACCGCUUUCAGAAGGUGCUUCUGAUUGACGGGCGGGGUCACCUGCUCGGUCGUCUGUCGGCUAUCGUUGCCAAGCAGAUCCUAAUUGGUCACAAAGUGGUAGUUGUACGAUGUGAGGGAAUCAACAUUUCGGGCAACUUCUACAGGAACAAGCUGAAGUACCUGGCCUUCCUGCGCAAGCGCAUGAACACCAACCCGUCGCGUGGGCCGUACCACUUCCGUGCGCCUAGCCGCAUCUUCUGGCGGACAGUGAGAGGCAUGGUGCCCCACAAGACCAAGCGGGGCCAGGCCGCACUGGAUCGCCUGAAGGUGUUUGACGGGAUCCCACCGCCCUAUGACAAGAGGAAGCGCAUGGUUGUUCCGGCUGCCCUCAAAGUCGUCCGUCUGAAGCCCACACGCAAGUUUUGCAGUACUGGCCGCCUGUCCCAUGAAGUGGGCUGGAAGUACCAGGCAGUGACUGCUACCCUGGAGGAGAAGAGGAAGCAGAAAGCCAAGCUGCACUACGAAACGAAGAAGAAGACAGUGGUUCACGCUGCGCAAAAAGCUGAGAAGAACGUGGAGAAAAAGAUCUGCGCGUACACAGCGGUGCUGAAGCAGUACGGUGUCCUCAUAUGA